UGAUGCUAGGGGCGCGAAUGAGGGCAGGGAGGAGGAUGCUGCCGUAGAAAUGGUGGUACGUGGGGCGAGCCUCCUGCAAUGGUUUUGACCGUAGAGGCGAAACAAUGUGCCUCUUCAAAGUCUUCGAGGUUUUCAUGUCAUCGCGUCUGAAGAGAAUUAGAUAAAUGGCUCAUUUAAGUUGGGAGCUGCCCGCGUUCUGUCGGGCUGGCAGAUGCAGUGCCUAGUGCCAGGCCUCCAGGACCACGCCAACAUGAAUGGGGCUGGGGAGACGGCAGACAUACUGCCGCCUAACUGCAUGGUCAAGGACCGAUGGAAAGUGCUGAAGAAAAUCGGAGGGGGAGGUUUUGGGGAGAUUUACGAAGCUCUGGACCUGUUGACUCGGGAGAACGUGGCAUUGAAGGUGGAGUCGGCCCAGCAGCCCAAACAGGUCCUGAAGAUGGAGGUGGCAGUCCUGAAGAAACUGCAGGGUAAAAACCAUGUUUGCAAGUUUAUUGGCUGUGGGAGAAAUGACAAAUUCAACUACGUGGUCAUGCAACUUCAGGGACGCAAUUUGGCGGACUUGAGGAGGAGCCAGCCUCGGGGGACCUUCACCAUGAGCACCACACUCCGCCUGGGGAAACAGAUCCUGGAGUCUAUAGAGGCCAUCCACUCUGUUGGCUUCUUGCAUCGAGAUAUCAAACCGUCAAAUUUCGCCAUGGGAAGGCUGCCUUCAACCUUAAGGAAGUGUUACAUGUUAGACUUCGGCCUCGCGCGGCAGUACACCAAUACCACUGGAGAAGUCCGCCCUCCGAGAACUGUUGCAGGUUUUCGAGGAACUGUCCGAUAUGCCUCAGUCAACGCACAUAAAAACAAAGAAAUGGGCCGCCAUGAUGACCUAUGGUCUUUAUUUUACAUGUUGGUGGAGUUUGCAGUUGGACAGCUACCAUGGAGGAAAAUCAAGGACAAGGAGCAAGUUGGGCAGAUUAAAGAGCGAUAUGACCAUAGGAUGUUGCUGAAACACAUGCCGUCAGAGUUUCAUAUCUUCCUCGACCAUGUAUUGGGCCUGGACUACUACACCAAGCCGGAUUAUCAGCUGCUGAUGUCGGUGUUUGAGAACAGCAUGAAGGAGCGCAUCAUCACGGAAAAUGAGCCGUUUGAUUGGGAGAAAGGAGGGACAGACUCCACACAGUCAACAAGCGCCUCCACCCAACCACAGCACAACACACGGCCCACCGUCGCCAUGGUGGGAGCCCUAAACACCCCGGUGCCCGGAGACCUCCAGAGAGAGAACACGGAGAACGUGCUCCAGGAUGAGCACCUCAGCGACCAGGAGAAUGCCCCUCCGGCCUUGCCUCCCAGUGGGAGCCGCAAGGGGGGCGAGGGCGGUGGCCAGACGCCCGCAAAGGGCGAGGGAUGGGAGGACACCGACUUCAACCGCAACAAACUCAGGAUCAGCCUGGGCAAGGGGGCCCAGGAGGGGGAUGAACCCAGCAGAGGGGCCUGUCCCAUGUCACCGUGCUGGGCAGGAGGGGCCCCAGAGUCCCCCAGUGGCCAGGUGCGCUCCCUCCGGUACCGCCGCAUCAACAGCCCAGAGUCAGACCGCAUGUCGGCCGCUGAUGGGAGGGCCGUCGACGGCUAUGGCCAAAGUAUCAGGUCCCGCAUGGACAUCCUGGGCUCGCCCUCGCGCCACAUGUACUCGUCCCAACCGGCCAUGAUGCUGUCUGUGGACGACGGCCUGCAGCGCGGGCGGCACGGCGAGGGCUCGGUGGCGUCCGUGGACCAGGAAGCCCACAGCAAUGCCUUUAUCAGAUCGGUGCCGCUAGCAGAGGAGGAAGACUUUGAUAGCAAGGAGUGGGUGAUCAUUGACAAGGAGACAGAGCUGAGGGACUUCCAGCCCACCACGUCGGGCACCACCGAUGAGGAGCCUGAGGAGCUGAGGCCCCUGGAGGAGGGAGAGGAGAGGAGGAAGCUGCGUGGAGGAGGGGCGGAGAUGGUGGUGCGGCCCAAGACGACCCACACAACCAACAGCAGCCGGGGCAUGCUCACGCUCACCGAGGAGGAAGCCUCCAGACGAAGUGGGGGAAGCCCCGCCAUGUCGCCCUGUCAUUCACUCCCGUCAGGCCGUCCUAUUGGACCCCAAAGACCGAUGAUCAUGUCUCUGACUGAGCACAAUGGCCUAUAUCAGCCCUGUCCAGACUUCAGGACCAAGGGCCAGAUGGAUGAGAAGGAGUAUUUCCACAUCCUUCCCCAGCUCCAGGUCAAGAGGGCCGACUUCCUCGCUGUCAUGCUGACCGGCACCCUUCCUCAGCGGCGAACCUUCCCAGCAGCUCUGUCGGCAGAGAACGAGGUCCAGGAGCCCCAGAGCCCGCGGGACGAUGAUGUGUCCAAGAGUGAGUCAAACAGCGAGGCCAGCCAAAAAAGCACAGAGCGGAGCCAGGAUGGGGCCCCUGACACCCUCAUGGCCGGCCCCCGGGAACCCGCCUCAGCCGCAGAUGCUGACCCUGACUUUGAGGACGGCUCCAAGACCCUGGUUCUGUUCUCGCCGGGGGAUAUUCGGAAGUCUCCAUCCACUGGGAGAGAACAAGUCCUGCUCGAGGUUGACUUCGGGACACCGUCUGCCUCUACCCCUAGGAACGAUAUGCCUCUGGUGGGUGCGGGCAGCCAGCCAGAGCUCUCCUUCACACUGAGGUCAGACUUGAGGCCAUCCACCCCUAUCGCCCCCGCAUCUCCCCCCUUCACCAAAGUUGAGCUCACCUUUGUCCACAUCUCCGAGACUUCCCACUUUAACAUCAUGUCUUCCAGAGGUCAAACCGCAAAGGACAGCAGCGACCACUGCAACAUCUCAGCCGUUACCCAGGAGGCCUCACCAUGGGAAGGAGACACCCGUGAACAGACCGGACAUGUCGAAAAGGGUGAGCAAUCCCAGAGUCCUUCCAGAGAGCCCCAAGCCCAUUCUAUCCCAGACGUGACCUUGGAGAAUGGUGUCACGCGCACCAAACCGGACGACCACCCACCGCUGGUCUUCGUCAAGUCUUUGGAGCCUGUCUCGGAAGCCAUGUCGCCCAUUCUGGAACACAAAACUCUCUCUGUAGAUUCCAAUAAGGGGCCAUUGUCUACCGAAGGUAUUGCCAACGCUGAACUACCACAUACCACCCUCAGGCGGAGGAUCAAAAGCCGCAUCCCGGUUCUACUGUCUGAAGAGGGCACAGGCUCGGAGCGUUCAGCCUCGCUCUCUGCCCGGGAGCAACUACAGAAGAGAGCCCGGAAACUGGACCUGGCACGCCUGGUGGUGCAGAAGCAGCAGGGCCGCUGGAUGAGCCUGCCCUCGGGGACAUCCUCCUCGCUGUCCUCCGGCGACGGGAGGGCCUCCGAGACACUCUCCACUACCGUCUCAGAGGAAGACACCCAUGCCUCGGACGACUCUCUGGCCAGGAGGAGGUCCUGUCUGAAGGCCAGGGCAGGGGCUGGAGGGGACCAGGGCCAGACGGAAUGGAACAGCAGGAUCCCCAGGCCCGUCACCCCCAUCAAGAGGCCCUCAGGGUGGCUGCUGGCCGCCGUGUCCUCUCCUCUCGCUCUGCCAGGAUCGGGCAUUUGUAGAGAUGCAUCCACCUUUGGUAAUGGGCUCCAAGUACAAAAAAUAGGACUAUGCACUCUCCCAACCCAGAGGCGGUCUAAACCUCUGCAGACCGGCUCCUCUUCUUCCUCCUGUCCAAGGCCCUGUCCUGUCCCCGCCCAGCCCUGCGGCAGCCCCCGAAUGCCCGUGCGCUGUGUUUUUGUGACCCAACGCAGCUUAAGCACCUCCCACUGCAGGUCAGACAGCCCCUCCCCCCAGCGUCUCCAUCCAACUAGACAGUCCCUCUCUGUCCGGCCCACAACUGCCCCUCCCCUCCAGCCCAGGGCUAAUACUACUACUACUACUACUACUACUACUACCAGCAUAACACGGGCCAACUCACAGGACCCCUUUACCCAGGUGUCCACCGCUAUGCCUGCCAGAAUCCGAGCCAAAUCCACGGGCCCUGCCAAAGCAAAACAAAGCACAGGGGACAAGAUGGCUGCCGCAAGAUAGUAAACAGAUUCACUGGGAAGAAACGCAUAUGCUUCUCUGUUGUCCUCAGAAAGACUCAAUGCUUCAAAAAGCUCCAGCCUGGACCCAAAUUAAGACUGAUGCGGUUUCCCAUCAUUUUUUACCUUCUUUGAUCCAAACCAUGUACAGUGGGGCAAAAAAGUAUUUAG